AUGCGGUAUGUGGAUGUGGAGAGGAUUAACGAGGAGACUGAGGUGGAGACUCGAUCGGACUCGGAGACGGACACUGAGUCGGAAUCGCUGUUGUCGUCCCUGUCGGAUUCCGAUGCCUUGGACGAAUCCUCUCGGCGGCAUCGGCACCGGCGACGGAAGGAGAGGAGUGGUUCUAGGAGGAGAGAGGGGAGCAGCGGCGGUAGCAGUAGUAGUGGUAGGAAGAAGGAGAGAGGAUGCAUGGAUAGAGAGAAGGAGCGGAGGAGGUCGAGGAAGGAUGAGAAGAGGAGUGGCAGGAGGAGCGCUCGCGAUGGAUCUUCUGGUGGUUCCAAUUCAGAGACGGAGAGAGUUCGCGUUGAUCCGAAAUCGGUUCUGAAGCGACCAUGA